AGCCACUUGGGCUCACGCGCGACACCGUGCUCGUAGCCCGGCAGCCGGCCCGCAGCCGGCCCCCUGCCCGCAGCCGACCCCCUGCCCGCAGCCGACCCGCCCAUCCCUCGCGGUGGCCUCGCCGCCAUGUCGUACGCCGGACAGCUCGUCGGCCUCGCGCACAAGUUCGUCACGGCGCCGCAGGCGGGCGCGCAGGGCUUCUGCAACGUCAUCAAGCUUGGCACGCUCUGCCGCACCGUGGUGUGGCCGUGCCUGCCGCCUCUCCUGAUGUACCAGUACAUCCGCCAGACCGACGAGGACAUGUACGCCACGGAGGUGCUCUACUACAAGUCGGGCUCCAGGGAGCACAAGGCGUUCUACGACGCGGGCCGCUCGGGCAUCUCCGGCCACUGGAGGGUGCAGCAGGACAUGGAGGCCAUCCGCGCCGCGGCGAACCCGGAGUGAGCCGUGGGCCCCGCCGCCCGCGGCAGGUUUUGGAGGAGGGAUCGGCUCGGCUGCGCGUGAGAGCGGCCCUGCGUUGCAGUGAGCCCUCUGGAGGGCCCACAUCACCGAGCGCGCUCCACUGCUCGCAAAGUGGGGGGUCCAGGCCAUUUGCGAGUAGUUCGCCAAUCAAUCGGCGAUGCAUCUCCGAUCCAUGUUCAAUGGUCGCUCUUGCGUGUGGACGAUCAGCGUACUUGCCCGACUGGACAUCGACGGCGAUAGGGGGUGAGGAUCGCAGGCCAGCGCCAGCGCCACGCGGUCUGUCGAUGGCGGCGCGCCAGCAUUGGAGGAUGGGUGUCGCUCCAAUUUUUUAUGGUAAGACUUGGCAAGCGGCCGAC